AUGCCUUGGUGGGGUAACAAAUCCAAAGACUCCGCGGAGCAACAGAAGGAGACGCCUAAGAACGAAUCCUUCGACGCCAACAAGCUCCCCGCGCCUGAACGGCUUCCCAAGGCACUGCAAAGGAUUGUCGACAGCGCAGACGAAGACUCGGGAUUCUUUGACGGAAUAACCGAGGGAUACGGCCCCAACUCUACCGACUCCAACCUUCGCUAUGCUGCCUACGGAGCACGAAUACGGACAAUUCUCCUCUCCGCCCACCGUUAUGUUGCCUAUACCUCGGACAUUGGCGAGUCGUUCCGACCGGUAGCUCACCCGAACCUUGUCCGCGCAGCCUACGGCGUGUCGUGGCUCUACCUCAUCGGCGAUGUCUCACACGAAGGAUACAAGUCCUACUGGCACAACCAGAGUGUGCUCAACCCGCAGGUGCAGCUCACGCCGCAGCAACAGAAAAUUGCUGGAAUUUCAAGCCAGGCGCUUGAUGCGAAACCCGGCGUAGUCCCUCCAUUGGAAGAUUAUCGCACCGUCAUGGUGCAGCGCGCCAUCUUCCAGAGCCUAGCUAGCAUGGGCCUGCCAGCAUUUACCAUUCACAGCGUGGUGAGGUACUCGGGCAGAGCAAUGAAGAACAUGAAGAACAAGACCAUUCGGACCUGGGCUCCCAUUGGCUUGGGUCUCGCUGUUGUUCCCUUCCUCCCCGCCAUGUUUGAUGAGCCAGUCGAGAAUGCGGUUGAGUGGGCAUUCCACAAGGGAUUCCAGGCGUUUGGAGGCAAGGAAUAUGUUGGAAAUGCGCCGGUGACUGGGAGAGAGGACUUGUUAACGAAGAAGCCGGUGAAGGAGAAGGAGCUGUAA